GAAGUUCUUUUUUUGUUUCUGUUUUGGCCAACAUGGCGGCUAAGGCAGACGAGAAUGAAUAUUUUGUCAGAGAAAUAGAGAGAAACGACGGCUGUGCCCUAAAAGUUAAGCAGUGCUUCUUGGGAGAUGUUGGCUGCGUUGUGUGGGAUGCAGCUAUUGUUCUCGCAAAGUAUUUAGAGACAAAGCAGUUUUACGAUCCGUCUUCAGGUGUGAACGUUUGGUCUGGUAGGACUGUGCUAGAGUUGGGAGCUGGUACGGGAGUAGUUGGUCUUAUGGCAGCAACGCUAGGAGCACAGGUAAUAGUAACAGACCUAGAAGAUUUACAGACACUGUUGAAGGUGAACAUCCAAGAAAACGAAGCGCUUAUCAGCAGUGGAUCCAUAACUGCCAAGGUACUGAAAUGGGGUGAAGAUGUGUCUGAAUUCUUGCCUUCCCCAGAUUAUGUCCUUAUGGCAGAUUGCAUCUAUUAUGAGCAGUCAAUUGUUCCACUGGUGGAGAGCUUGAAGCUGCUUUGUGGACCAGAGACCUGCAUUGUUUGCUGCUAUGAGCAGCGCACUGAGGGUGUCAACCCAGAAGUGGAAAGGCAGUUUUUUGAGUUGUUGCAACAGAACUUCUGCUGUGAGGAGAUUCCUUCAGAGAAACAAGACCCAGAAUUUAGCAGUCCAGACAUCCACAUUCUGCACAUUCGAAGAAAAGCCUGAUUAUCGGACUCCGAUUGUGACAUAGAAACUUGGAACAGUGUACUGAGCUUGUUUAAGAUAUUAAAUUUUUUAACUUUUUAAAGGGAAGCAUGCUGUUAAUUACUGUGUGUGUUAUUUGACGGGAGCACACAUGAUUAAAUCAACACACAGACACUAUUUUUUUCCUGCUCAGUAGAAUUCUCUUUCAGUCCAUGUAGUUCUGUUUCUGUGAAGCUAGAUGGCAGACGUGUGCAAGCACAGAUCUGAGAAACAAGUGCAUUGUUUGAGCAAGAGGCAUCAUCCCCCUAGGUUUUUGCAGUUCGUCUUGUUUAUACAAAAUACAGUUAAGCAGAUGUGAAA